AUGGCUCCCAAGCGCAAGAGAAACGAACGCUUGUCGGUCGAAGGAGGAGGCAGAUCUUCGCCGCAUCGCCCUGGAGACAUGCCACUCGGCCAGCACGAUCGCGACGAUAAUUCCGGACGCGGUCGCGGUCGCAACCAUCGCGGUAUGGGCCGUCGCGACUCAUCGCAAAACCUCGGCAGAAACCACCCGAACCAUCAGCAGAACCAGCCAAACUCAUCACCAGCUCAGCAACGAUCCAGCUCCUCCUCUCGUCAACCUCCACCCCCACCUCCACCUCCACAGCCUAUCAAGGCACCUACUCCUGCUCCACAACCAUCGUAUGCGAGGCCAGUCUCCCCGGUCCGGUCGAACUACCGCUAUGAUAACCUCACAGACGAGAAGAUUAGCACUUGGGCCGAACGCAGCCGGGAUGAGAUUGUCCAACAUGGCAAGCAGUCGCGAGAGGAUGUUGACAUCACAGAGCUCUCGAGUUUGUUCCAGGAGUUCAUCCAUGCUGUCGUCGAGGACCGACUCAAUCCCGCCGAUGCUGGUGCCUGCGUCAAGGAGAUGAUUGGUGACGAAACGUCAGAGAUGAUUAAGGAUUCCUACGCGUUCGCCCCCCACACCCUCUUCCUCGACUCCCUUUCGGUUGUGAUGGACAACGAGCCGGCCAUCUAUCGACCCUCACUACGCGAGUUCCUCAUUGCUACUGGCGUAUCCCCGGCCCUUAUGCGACAGGUCCUCGACGCACAGGUCCUGCAGCAGCUGGGGCUCAUCAGAGACAACUUUGCCAAGUUGGGCAUUAAGCAGGCGACAAAUCUCCUCUAUCGACAAGCAAACUACAACCUGCUUCGCGAGGAAACCGAGGGCUACUCGAAACUCAUCACCGAGCUGUUUACCACUAGUAGUGUUACGCCGCCUCCUCCUGAGUUAGCCGACCAGACAUUUGAGCGUGUCAAAGCCCUAAUCGGAACAUUUGAUUUGGAUGUUGGCAGAGUGCUUGACGUCACCUUGGAUGUUGCAGCUGCUGUCUUGAUCAAGCAAUUCAAGUUCUUUGUCAAGUUCCUCCGCGUCAGCUCCUGGUGGCCACGAUCCCACCUCAAGUUUAGUCCCGCCGUUUUCACCGGUGGUCUUCCACUCUGGGCAUUCCCUGAAUAUCCCCAUUGGUCGACAACCGACGAGGAUGAAGAGAUCACCCUUGAGAAGAAGCGGGCGCGGGACACAGCAUUUUGGGAACGAGCGCGGGAAAUUCAUCUGGGCGCAUUCUUUGAACUGGGCGGCCGGCAAGUCGCUGAUUCAGAUUCCCGUCAGUUGACCAUUACCAGCGGUGGUGAUGGUGAGGAUGUGAUCGCUGAGUUUGAGCGCCACUGGGUGGAAGAGACCAAGACUCUACCGCCUCCUGGCAACCGGACCGCUGCGCAGCUUCUUGGCUUCAAGCUCCGGUUCUACAACUCCGACGCCCGAGGGGAGGCUGAUGUUCUCCCCGCCAACCUGCUCUACCUUGCGGCUCUUCUCAUCAAGAUUGGUUUCAUCUCCCUAACUGAUCUGUACCCUCACUUGUCCCCAGCAGAUGAGGAUAUGGAAGUAGUCCGCGAAAACGAAAUGAAGAAAGUCGAAGAAAAAGAACGAGCAUCCCGCGGUGGCACUAUGAACGCCCUCCUCAUGGCUGGCGUUCUUCCCCAGGGAGAUGACGAAAACCCAAUCUCAGGUCUCCCACGACGAGACCUCCCGAAGAAGGUCGAGCCCGAGCCAAAGGAUACCGCAGCAGAGGCUGCAGACAAUAAACCAAAGCUGCCGGAGCCCUUAGAACAGAAGGUAUCUCUGCUCAUUCAACUCUUAACAAUUGGCGCCCUCCCAGAGUCCCUGUUCAUUCUGGGCCGGUUCCCUUGGAUCCCUGAAGCAUUCCCCGAAGUCCUUGACCGUAUCCAUCGCAUUCUUCACUGCUCAGUCAACAAGGUCUUUAACGAUAGUCGACCGGUGCCCGUUGGCGAUGCCGAAUGCCCGACCAAAUUAGUCCCCGACCUCGAUCAAACCGGCCUCCCCAAGGGCACUGUCCGACUCAACAGACUGGCGAUUCGGAAAUCUCUUCGAUGGCCCUUCCCCGACAAAUCUGACACCAACGAGACUCAGCAUUAUCGCUAUUACUGGGACGAGUGGGCGGACAAUGUGCCAAUCUGCCAGACAGUAGACGACAUUUUCACCCUUUGCGGAACUCUUCUCAACAUCUCCGGCCUCAAUAUCGGCAAGGAUGAGAUUCUCUUGACGAAACUAGCAAGAAUCGGCGCGAAGAGUCUUGCCGAGGACAGAUCUGAGGCCAAUCUGACCCGUUGGCUCGAUCUUCUCCGAAGAUUGCUCCUCCCCGCUCUCAGUCAUACCAAGGCUAAUGCUUCAGUUGUGAACGCCAUUUGGGAUCUUCUCAAGCACUACCCCAUUACCACCCGGUACUCAAUGUAUGCCGAAUGGUUUGAGGGUCAGAUUUCUCGAAUGCCCUCCAUGAAAGCAGCAUUCGCACGAGCAACAUCGGAAACUCGUGGUACCAUGAAACGUGUGUCGCUGACGAACCUAAGCGAAAUGGCCAAGCAACUUGCCAAAACUAGCUACUCGUCUCCCGGCAUUGUGUUCAGGGUUGCUUUUGAGCAACUUGAGUCGUACCCCAAUCUGAUUGACGCAUUCGUCGAGUGUGCGAAGUACUUUACUGAUCUUUCGUACGAUGUCCUUGUCUGGUCAUUGAUGAGCUCUCUUGGCAAGUCCAGGAGCCGCACCCAGGCCGACCAUGCCCUCACCACCAGCAAGUGGCUUCAGGCUCUGUCAAGAUUCUCUGGCAGGGUCUUCCGAAGAUACACUAUCCUAAAUGCCACGCCCGUCCUUCAGUAUGUCAACAAUCAACUACAAAAGGGCAAUUCUACCGACUUGAUCAUCCUAAAAGAGCUCAUCGCCUCCAUGGGGGGGAUUGUGGACUCGGUGGAUUUCACAGACUAUCAAGUACUUUCAAUGGCUGGAGGUCAAUACCUGCGGCGUCACACACUGAUCCGCGGGCAAGACAAACGCUACGAAAACAUCAAGAGCUCGAAGCGACUUAUUCAAGCCUUGACCGAUUCGAAGCUUGCUUCCCAGUUUCUCAUCAACUUAGCGCAGUACCGACAAGCGGCGCUGUUCCAGGUGCCCGAGGACGAAGCGCACAUCAAGUAUCUGUCGUCAAUGAUUGAUGAUUCUCACCAGAUCUUAGUCAAGUAUUUGGAUCUUCUCUGGAGCAAUCUUGACCCGGCUGCCUUCGAUGAAAUUGCACCGUCGAUUCCUGAACUCAUGAACUCGUACGGCUUAGACACGGACCUAGCCUUCCUUGUUGGAAGGUCCAGUCUUGCCCACCGCAUGUUCCCUUGGAAGCCAAAAAAGUUGGAGGAAAAGGAGAAGGCUCAGUCUUCGCAAACCAACGCAGACAAGGAUGGCGAUGUUGCGAUGGGUGAUGCGAAAGCCACACCUGCAGGCGACACUCCCAACGUCGAUGCGGCGGCGACCGACGAACAGGUGGGCGCUCAGAACUCACCAGCGCUCGACUCGACGACUAACCCCAAGCAAUCACAGAAACCCGACGAUUCUUCAAUGAUCAAGGCGGCGUUGCAACCCAUUGUGGACUCAAUCCAGGACUCCGUUCGACCGGAAGCCUGGCAAAAGAUCACACCCGAGCUCUAUGUCACUUUCUGGGCGCUUCAACUCGGAGAUCUCUUUUGCCCCGACAAGAUCUACAGACAAGAGAAAGAGAGGCUCAAAACCGAGGAGAUUACUGUUUCUCGAGACCGAAGCGACAUGUCACGGAGGGGACAAGAGCGCAAGAUGGAGAAGAGAAAGGAGCUAAUGCAACUCCAGAUUGGCCUGUCUGAGGAGUGUGGCGAGCAUUUGCUUCGCCAAGGCAAGUGGAAGUUCUUCCUGAGCAAGCAGUUUCAGUCGUCCUUCCCCGAGCCUAGGGCUAAGCCGGACGCCAUUUCGGACAUCUUGCUCGAACAGUGCUUUAUCCCCCGAAUGCUCUUGUCUACCGCCGAUGCCGAGUAUACCUACAGGUUUAUCAAGGCACUCCAUGAGUGGAACGCACCCGGUUUUACGCUUAUGUCGCUCUACGACCGGCUGUUCAACGCUAACAGACUGCGGUCUCUAAUCUUCACCGCGACCGUCAUGGAGGCUGAAUACCUGGGUCGUUUCUUGAAACUCAUCUUGGAGGACUUAUCGAGAUGGCACAAGAACGCCCCUGUCCCGAACGAAAAGGACACCAAGGCGUCUAGAGAUCAACCUCGUCUUGGGGCAUUCGAGAAGGAGGGCAAGGGCCCAAGCGAGCAACCUCGUCUUGGGUUCGCGCUGACAUUUGACGACAAUGGAAAGCCGCUCACGUUCGUGGAGCAUGCCCAAUUCAAGGAUUUGCUGUUCCGCUGGCACAAAAACCUGAACAUGGCUCUUCGAUCUUGUCUUGAGGGUUCGGAGUGGAUGCACAUCAGGAAUGCCAUCAGUGUGCUGAAGUCCGUGCUCGACUUCUUCCCCGCCAUCGACUUCAUGGCCACCAAGUUUUCGUCACUGCUUCAGACUAUCACCAAGCAAGAGUCAACCGCCAAACCAUCGGCUGAUAGUGAAAUCGGUGGACGUGUGGACUUGUCCGUUGCUGCGCAGGGCGCAAUGUCCGAGCUUCAGAGGAGGAAGUCCAAAUGGGUUAUGGUCCAAGCCUUCCGCCCAGGAAGUGUCGGCGCUUCCCAGAGUGACGACAAGUCAACCAACCUUCGUGCUACGGCGCCAGAGUUUAAGCCUUCUACAACGAGGACGCCGGGAGGGAAGCAAGCGACGAACGAGGAGGAGGAUGGAGAGGUCAAGGACGGCAAGGAUGGCAGGUCUCCGGGACCUGAAGCCAUGUCGAAGGCCAAUUCAGCCGCCCUGAAGGACAAUCUCCCAGCCAAGCCAACUGGCUUAUCCAGAGACACGUCAAAAAGAGACCCCCCUGCGUCUGGCCCUGGCCGCAACUCGACACCUGGCCCUGGUCCGGGUUCUGGGUUUAAUGGCCCUAAGGGCGACUCCCGACCGAAUACUCUCCCAGAUCGUCCGCCUCACACCCUCCCAAACCGACCCAACGUUCCCAUCCCAACCCAUGGCACCCCUGAGCGAUUCAGCCAGCCGAGAGGGCAUGAGCGUCGCGACGGUAAGGAUCCGCGCGAAUCUCGCUCUCGAGAUUCCAGGGAAACUCGAGAGCCACGCGAAGGCCGUGACCCACGUGAGCCUCGAGAUGCUCGUGACAACAGGGAAACCCGAGAGCCGCGUGAUCCUCGAGACCCUCGCCAAUUUGAUCCUGCGCGACCGGAUCGACCUCGCGACUUCCCCGACCGGCGAAAUCCUGAUCAAGUCCGCGACCCAGCAGCGAGGCCAGAUAUGCCUCCUCGCCGCAACGAGCAUGAACGGGACCGACCGCGCGACAGGGGUGGACGAAAUCAUGAACCGUCCCACGGGCGACUUAACGAAUCCCCCGCUCCUCCCACGGCGCAGACCGUAAGCGCUGAUGCUGUGGAGCCGAUUAUGAAUCCGGAAAGAGCAGCUCUUUUUGCUCAGGAGGGUCCAGAUCGCCCGCGUGCGCCUGACUCUGACCGACCGAAUCGUGGUCGACGGCCGACCUCGGCUAAUGAUGCAAUUGAGGGCGUCAACCCGGAGAGAGCGGCCUUGAUCGAAGAAAAGGACAAUACACCAUCGCGGGCCCCUAGAGAGGAGCGUGAACGUAAUGCUCGUGGUCAGUCCCCACGACGCGGUGGUCGAUAUGGCCAGGAAAACGGCCCAGCUGGUGGUGGUCGUGAGACUCGACAUGAUCGACCUUAUGCUCCAGAGCAUCGACAAGCUGGGAGAGAUCCACGAGAACGAUCACCGAUGUCAGGGAAUUUCAGGGGAGAAAGGCCAAUGGACAGAGAAGGGGAGAGGGGUCCUCCACCUAAGAGCCGCGACGCAUCAGGGUUUCACGGGCCAUCUCGGGGUCCGGAUCCCGACUACAAGGCGCCCCAUCACGACCACUCAUAUGGACGAUUGAACACCAUUCAGAAUGUGGCCGACAUCCCAUUUGGUCCAAGGGGCCGGGGCCGCGGGGCCUCGAGAGGCGGGCACGGAGGCCCUCAAAAUCUACCCGGCCGGAUGGACAACCGCUUUCCGGCCCCAGAGGCUGAGCGACCUCCAACUCCGGAGCGGCCUCCGCCAACGGGACCAUCGCAGGGCAGAGGACGACGCGGUGGCUACGAAUCAAACACUGGACCUGUUACUCCUUCAGCAACGCCCGGUGGUCCCUCCCAUUCAGACAGGCCCAGGAACUCUGGUCCCGGACCCUCGGCUCCCCCGGCUCCCUCGCCAGCCCCGACAACUGCAACACCGUUAGAUGUUCAUCCUUCACGCCUCGCACAGAUUGGUGGCUCAAUCCCACCACCGCCACCUCCAGGCCCACCGCCGCAUGCACAUGGCCGCCAGCCAAUGCAGGGAACGAACACCCCCGACCGAGGUUCCGGACCUGGACCGAGACAGACCCCCGGCAGCUACUCCGGAUCGCCAGUCGGCGAUAACGGUGUGCCUACUGGGCCGUCGUCGAACAACGAGCGAUCUCGAACCGGUAACAACGGCAGAAGGCAGAUCGCGGGAAUCAACAGUACGCUACAGCAGUCACAGGGGAACAAGCCCGAAUUGAGCCGAAGCAACAGCAUGCGAAGGAACCAGCCAAGGCAGACGCUUGGCAAUUCGGACGCCCAGGUCCUUACUGGUGGCUCCCCCGUCGCAACGCCCACACAAGAACGCCCAGAUCCAGCACGGCACGAUUCUUCCAACCGAGGACCUCCAAAUGGAGAGGAGGCGUCCGGCCGAAGUGACCACGAACGUAGCCGUCGGGAGAGUCGGUCCAAUCGACCAUCAAGACGUGGCAGUCGUGAACGGGAUCGCGAACGAAGCCCCGGCCGAGAACGCGAGGGCAAGGAGCAUCGUGAAUAUCGUGACCGAAGGUCAGGAGCUGCUGAGGGUGGACGGGCCGAAGGUGGGCGAACCGAAGGUGUACGCGCUGAGGGCGGAAGAGAGGAACGGGAGUCGCGCAGGUCAAACAGAGAUCAAGCGGCCCCUCCGCGCGAACCCAUGGGCCCCCCGUCCGGCAGUGGGAGAGACGCGGGUUCCGGUAGAGAGACCCGACACCGAAACGAAGGACAAGGACCUCGAGGAGGGGAAGACUGGGGAAACAACAGGGGAGGACGGGGGGGGCCACGAGAGGGAGGGCCACGACAAGAGGAACGACGGGAGGGAAGAGAGGACCGUGGCAGGAAGCGGAGAAGCGAGGAAGGAGCCGGCGCUUUAUCGAGCGAACGCGAGAAGAGACCGAGACGAUAGAGCUGGACAGGGAUUUCUUUUUUUCAUGUUUGAGUACGAAAGGAACCUCGACGAGGAGAAGAGGCGGCACCAAAAGGCCGACCUAGGAAGAAACUCAUAGGAGGACGACGGCCGCCGAUCCAGGGAGAGAGCGAGAGAGUGACGGGGAAAGAAAAGGGUGACGAAGACGGCAUCCGUGGACGAUACGCGACACGGACGCAUUCAUCAUCUCGGCGUUUUCUGGAC